GCUGUCUUCCCCACGUUCCGCGUCGUCGAGCUGCUGCGCUCCGCAUAAAACUGCGGAAAGUCGCCGCCAUGUGACAAUCAUCAUUCGAAUCGCUAGAGCCGUUUCUUUCUGCCAUACUCCCACUGUCAUAGUAAUUCCCCUCCUUGCUGGACACCUACUAUGUCAUCGUCUGCUCUUCGCACUUCCAUGAGAAUGGCCACAAAGCCACAGCAGCGCCUGGCUAGCAUCCAAAGACAAUUCAGCGCAUCAGCGCAACAGAAGAAGGAGGUCAGAGAUGCAUACAUCAUAAGUGCCAGUCGAACACCGACUGCAGUGUUCAACGGCAACUUCACAACCGUCUCGGCCACCCAGCUCGGUGCCACGGCCAUCAAGUCAGCCCUUGAGAAAUCCAAAGUUCCGGUCUCUUCCAUCGAUGCUGUUUACAUGGGCAACGUCCUGUCAGCAGGUGUAGGGCAGGCGCCGGCUAGACAAGCUGCCAUCUUCGCUGGCCUACCCACCAGCGUUGAGGCAACUACAAUCAAUAAAGUGUGUGCUUCAGGGCUGAAGGCCGUCAACCUUGCAGCUGCCACAAUCGAGCUGGGACAGGCCGAGGCACAGGUUGCUGGUGGCAUGGAGAACAUGACCCGCGUUCCAUACUAUCUCAACCGCGCCAGCCAACAGCCGGCCUUCGGCCACCAGAAGAUGCAGGACGGCCUGAUUGCCGACGGUCUCUGGGAUGUCUACAACCAGAUCCACAUGGGCAACUGCGCAGAGAAGACUGCAAAAGACUACAACAUCUCACGGAAAGAGCAAGACGACUAUGCCAUCUUGACAUACAAGAGGGCCCAGCAAGCUUACAAGGACGGCUUGUUCAAAGACGAGAUCGUACCAGUCACUGUCAAGACAAAGAAGGGUGAUAUCGUCAUUUCAGAAGACGAGCAAUACAACAAGCUCAAGCUCGAGAAGGUCCACACACUGAAGCCUGCCUUCUCGAAAGACGCCGACGCCUCGGUCACAGCGGCGAACAGCUCUCCUCUUAGCGAUGGAGCGUCCGCUCUCGUCCUUGGAAGCAAGGAGAUUGCACAGCAGUACGGCAAGGACAGUCGCGUGCUUGCGAAGAUCAUUACCUACAGCGAUGCCUCGGUUGACCCCAUCGACUUCCCAAUCGCUCCUGCUUCGGUUGUUGAGAAGCUGCUCAAGCAGUCUGGUCUGAGCAAGGAAGACAUUUCGAUCUGGGAGUUUAACGAGGCAUUUGCUGCAGUGAUCAAGGCUAACGCGAAGAUCCUUGGCCUUAAGGAAGACAAUGUCAACCCUAGGGGAGGUGCUAUUGCGCUAGGCCACGCCCUAGGUAGCUCGGGUAGCAGGAUCUUGGUCACUCUGUUACAUCAGCUGGAGGUCGGGCAAUAUGGCGCUGCGGCAAUCUGCAAUGGCGGUGGUGCGUCGAGCGGUAUCAUCGUACAAAGGGUCAGCCCCGAUCAGUUAUAACUCAAAAGGCGGUUCGAAGAUAGAUAGCCAGGAAUGAAAUGUAAUGGCAUGUUGUGCAAAUGUUGUGUCGAAAGAAGUUUUCACCUUCUCGUUCUCAAAUAGAAA